CUUCUUUCCUUGAAAUAUUUGUUAGAACCGAAAAACUGAGUCAUAAUGUCAGACAGCAUAAAAGUGGCUAUCAAAGUCAGGCCUCUCAUCAGGCGAGAAAAGGAUGAGAACUUAUCGAUACAAUGGGUCACCAAUGAAAACACCAUUAUAGCUAACGACCCUGAAUACAGAAAGCGAUCUGAUGGUAGAUUCGAGUUUGAUCAUAUUUUUGAUACAAACGCCAACAACAACGAUGUAUUUGAUGUUGUAAAGCCUAUUGUCAAUGCUGCUGUAAAUGGAUUUAACGGCACAGUGUUCGCUUAUGGACAGACAAGUUCUGGUAAAACUUAUACCAUGAUGGGUACUUUGGAAGAGCCUGGCGUAGUACCUAUGGCUGUCGAACAUAUGUUUGACGCAAUAACCAACGUUCCAGGACGCGAGUUUUUAUUAAGGGUAUCAUACCUAGAGAUUUAUAAUGAAAAAGUCAAUGAUCUCUUAGACAAAAACUCAAUAGAUUUGAAAGUACAUGAAGAUAUAAAUGGGCAAGUAUUCGUAAAGUGUAAGGAAGAAGUUACAAAUAGUCCAGAGCAUGUUUUAGCAAUAAUGAACAAAGGUAAUAAAAGCAGAAGAAUAGGCGAAACAAACAUGAAUGAGCGAAGUAGCAGGAGCCAUACAAUAUUUAGAAUUACGAUUGAAAGUCGUGAGGCUGGUGCAGGUUCAGAUGGUGCGAUACAAGUUUCGCAAUUAAAUAUGGUCGAUCUUGCUGGCUCAGAAAGAGCUCGUCUGACAGGUGCUACUGGAGAACGUUUCAAAGAAGGACGUCAUAUUAACUUAUCACUUUCAACGUUGGCUUUAGUAAUAAAACAGUUGAGCGAGUCACAAGACUAUAUAAAUUUCCGAGAUAGUAAAUUAACAAGAUUACUUCAAGCUUCUUUGGGUGGCAACGCAAUGACGGUGAUAAUAUGUGCUGUGACACCGGCUGCUCUAGAUGAAACUCAAUGCACAUUAUCGUUUGCAUCUAGAGCUAGAAAUAUCAAAAAUGAUCCUAAAUUGAAUGAAGUUAUGUCUGACGGUGUACUUUUAAAACGAUACGCGAAACAAAUAGAUAUAUUACAUACAGAAUUAGAGAGAAUGAAACAGCUAACUCAAACAACUGAUUUUCAAGAAAUGGAAUCUAAAAUGCAAGAGAAAGAUCGCAUUAACCAGAAUCUAGAAGAGCGUAUUAGAUUAUUGCAAACUCGGAUAAUCACCGCGGAUAAUCGCAAUACUACAGCAUCGUUCAAAACUAAAGAAAAAAGGAGACAGACUUGGUGCGGAACUGGUGGAUUUAAUAAAUUGAAUACAUCUUUAUUUCAAACGUUCUCGCAUUUAUCACCAAUCAAAGAAAUGUCGCCUGUCAAAUCACAUAUUAGAUACAAAUCUAAUACUAUGGAUUCAUCAUUCCAAAUAGCCUUUGCUGAUUUUGAGCUGGAACUUAUCAAUAGUGAAGUAAAUCGUUAUGAAGACAUUAGUAGCGAUGAGGAUCCAUUUGUUACAUAUCGUGACAAACAUCGCGUAAAAUUUAACGAUGAUGUAUUUAUCAAAUCACCUUUAAACUACAGCAAUAAUAGCAUCACAUCUGACAAAAUUGAAGUGUCUACUCAAACUAUAAGCCAAAACUCACCUGAUACACCGAAGCAUACUCUACGGGACAGAAUUCGUAAUUUAACCGAAGAAUAUUCAGAGCUUAAGGAAUUUACAACCUUGGAAAAGCAGCUACAUUUGGAAGAUCAUUUAUCUGAACUCCAGGAAAAACUUGCGAAAUGUUCACAGUUUGAAAAGCAAUUGGAAAAUGUCACAUCUGAUAAGGACGCUUUCGAACAUAUAGCAUCUGAACUUCGUAAGAAGUUAACUGCAGCUGAAUUACGUUACACUUUAGCAGAAGAUCAAUUAAACACACAAGCAGCAGAGCUACAGAGAAUACCAGAUUUAGAAAAGAAAAUUGCGCAAUUGUCUACACAAGAGGUAGAGGUGCAAAACGUUCCAGAUCUACACAAACAGAUAACUGUUCUUACAGCUGAAAAAGAUGGAUAUGAACAUGUGGCAUCUGAACUACGAAAAAAACUUAAUGAAGCCGAACAACGCAAUAUUUUAUUAGAAGAUAAGUUAACACGGAAUGUAGAAUUAGAAAUACCAUUUAUUCAAACUUUGUCGAAUAAUGAGACUAUUUCAUCUGAAAAAGAUGAACUGCAAUGUAAAAUAACUGAUCUUCAAAAUAAACUAAUAGAAACAGAGUUAAACAAUAAUUCAAUGAAAGAUAAACUGGAGGAGCAACAGCAAAUGCUACAAAAUCUUCAAGAAGAAAAGAAUAUAUCUGCUUCUGAAAUGCAAAGUAAAUUAAGAGAAGCGGAAGAAAUUAAUAAUUCUAUAAAAGAUAGAUUAAACGAGCAGCAACUAGAAAUUCAGAAAUUUCAAGAUCAAGAAAAGCAGAUUGCGCAACUUAAAUCUGAAAAUCACAAAUUUCAACUUACUGUUGAUGAUCUUCAAGAGCAAUUAAUAGAAACGAAAGUAAUUGUUAGCACAAAGGAAGAUCAAGUGCAUAAAUACCAGCAAGAUUUAGAUAAACUUCAACAUCUAGAAGAUGUUAUAAAGGAACGAAUGGAAUUUGAACGAAUCAAUAAUGAGUUGAGACACCAAUUGACAGAAGUACAAUUAAUGAAUGAUUCAAUGAAAAAUAAAUUAGAUACACAGGAGCUAUAUAUACAAGAGAACUGUGACUUAGAAAACCAAAUUCAAAUUCUUGCAAUCGAGAAAAAUGAAUUUAAAGUUAUAAUUAGUGAAUUAGAAGAGAAAUUGAAAGAAGUAGAAUUAAACAAUUCACUGAAAAACAAAUUAAAUGAAUAUGAAGCAAAUAAAUAUGAAACUCUUACAUCUGAAAAUAAAUCUGAACAAAUAAUUUUCGAAUUGCAAGAAAAGUUAAAGGAAGCAGAAUCGUAUAAUAAUUCAAUCAAAGAAGAAUUAAAUGUAUGUCAAGCAGAAGCGCAAAAAAUGUUCGAAGAACACAGAAAAUCCAUUGAAAAUUUUGUAGUUGAGAAAAGUAAAUUGGAAGAUACAGUGCGUGAACUACAAGAAAAAUCGGAAGCGGAAUUGGAUAACAAUUUAAUGAAAAACAGGAUAAAUGAAUUGCAGUUACAGAAGAAUGAUAUGGAAAAAGAAAUAGAAUGUCUCACGUUGAAAACAAAAGAGUUUGAGUAUACAGUUCACGAGUUAAGAGAGAAACUAGCCAAUGCUCAGCAUUGCAUUUCAGUAGAAGAUGAAUCGAAUGGAAUACAAUUACAGAAAAUUCAACUGGAUGCGCAAGUCUCAAAUUCGAUAUCUGAAAGAGAUGAACAAGAUUCCAUAAAAUUGUGUCAACAAUCGUUGAAGAGUCCCGGAAAGGAAUUGAUGGAGAAUCAGAGCAAAGACGAAAUUAAUUAUCUACAAAGUCGUAUUAAUGAUUUGCAAAGUAUUAUUCAGGAUAUACAAAACGAAAAUACGUACUUAAAAGAACAAGCAACGAAGUCAAUGUCAUAUAAUGAAUCCGAUUUAGAUAAUGGUGAUUCGUCGAAAGUUACAGACGAUUUAUCGAUUACAAAGAUGUCUCUAGACGAAGAUAGUGCUAAGUUGUCUGCAGAUCUUGUUUUGAAAAAUCAGGAAUUAGAUGAAAUAAAGCACAUUGUGCAAAGCUUGAAAGCAGACAUAGAAAACUUGCAACAAACUAUAUAUUUAUUAACAACCGAGAACAGCGAAUUGGCAAAUAAAUUAGCAACAGAAAAGGAAUGCAAUGAGGAAUCAGUUAUUUACUAUCAGCAGAUUAUCGAUGAGCUUUACGAGCGAAACUCAAAGAUAAUGGAUGAGAAACUUGAGCUCGAAAAUAAUUUAACAAAUCUUAAUGAACAAUUAGAAACUCUUCGCUCGAGGAUGCCUGAGGUAAACUUAAACGAAGAGCAGAUAAUUCAAAAGUAUGAAAAACGGAUUAGUGAGUUUCAGACAAGAAAUAUAGAAUUGUUGUCCCAUCUCACAGACCAAACGAAAGAGCUCGAAAUGUUGAAAGAGAGUAAGUCACUUUUGUAUGAACACGAUUGUAUAUAUAAAGAUAAAUUAACGAAUCUUACGGAGAAACAUAAGCAUUUAAUAGCUGAAAACAGUGAUCUUUCCACUAAUUUAAUGGAUAAGAUCGAGGAAAACGAAGGAUUAAAACAAGAAUGUAAUAUUCUAAAAAACAAACUAGAAUUAUCACUGGAAAAUAAAGAGAGCAUUGGUAACAAUGAUGUGGAGCAGCUGAGAAUGGAGAAUACUGUAUUGAAAACCGAGCUAAUGGAAUUCAAAACUAACUUAAAAGCUUUAACUGAAGAAAACUCGAAAAUAUCCAGUCAAUUAAUAGAAACUAUAGAAGAUCUAGAUAAUGCACGAAAACUCAAUUCUUGCAACAAUACCAUGCAUUUGUCGACAUUAUUUAAUAAUACCUUGAUGAACGAUGCAAUGGAUAAAUCUACAUUAAAUGAUGAUGCUGAAACAAAAAUCGUAAAUUUGCAAGAGGAAGUUAAUCAUCUCACAAAUCUCAAUAGAAAGCUGAGCGAUCUAAAAUUAGGUACCUGUACACAGUGUAGCCACUUGAACGAGUUAAACGAAAAUCGAAGAAUGCUGAAACUCGAAGUAAAGACUCUUAAUCGCAAAUUGGAAAACUUGCAGAGGAAAUUCUCCAGCAAAUCUGCAAAGAGUGAUGCGCUCAUAUUGAAGGCCAAAGAAGAUUUAAAUGUAAGUGCGUGUAAUUUAUCUCUUAAUGCCAGUUUUUCGGAGAACAUGAAUGUCACCUGCGUUGAGGAAAGACUUCAAUCUCUAAAUAACGAAUUACAAAUUUUGAAAGAAGAUCAUAAUACGUUAUCGGAUUUAUACAAAGAGAAAUGUAAUGAAGUCGAAGAAUUACAGAAUAGCACCAUGGAUUCAACAUCGACUGAUGAUAAGAAUUCCAGCAUAAAGAAAUCCCCAAGUAGAACUUCAUUAAGACUAGAAAAUAUCGUGAAAGUUAUGAACGAUUUGCAAAAUGAUUUCAAGACGAUAAAGGAGAACAACGAAAGUAUCAAGUCAGAUCUUACAAAGUUCAUCAACGAAAAAGAAAGAAUGCUAUUGGAUGAAAUUAAUACUUUGAAGACUAUUAAUGAAGAAUUGUUGCAGAAAUUGUCGGAAAGUGAACUCUUGCAUGCUACUACGUUGGAAAAAGCUGAUAUUCUUGAAAAUGAGAUACAAGAUAUGACAAAAAAGUUACAGGAGUUUACUGUAAGGUACAAAGAAAUUGAAAAUGCAAAGUUGCUUCUUGAGGUUGAAGUAGAUAGCUUGAAGGAAGACAAAUUGAUGAAAGAGCAAAUAGCAAAUGAAUUACGUCAAAGCCAUUCCUGCCUAGAACAGGAAUUAAAUUUAACAAAGAAAGAGAAAGAGGUACUUAACAACGACAUCAUUCUUUUGGAACAAGAAUAUAAUGAAAAACUAGAUUCACUAAAAGCAAUGAAUGACAAGUUAACCAGCUCUAAAGCAGCUCUCUCGCAGGAAUUAGCUAAUUAUAUUAAAGAAUCGGAAAAUAGACUGUCGGAACUUAAUGAAAAAAUAAACAAAUGCAAUUCCGAAAACGAUUACCUAAAACAGGAACUGAUCAGGCUGCGCGACAUAGAAAAUAAAUUUGAGAAGAUGAAAACUGAAUAUCAGUCUCAGUCACAGCAAGAUAAAACAUUAGCUGACGAUAACAAGAAGCUCAAAAAUAUAUUGAAUGACACUUCUAAGAACAUCAUUAAGGAAAUAAAGUCUCUCGAACCUAAAGUCGAUACUCAGAAAUUUGUGGAUAAAUCGGUGGAUGAGCUGUUCCAAAUAUUUAUGCAAACUAUUUUGAUGAAAGAAAAAGAAGUGAUAAAAACUAUGCAGGAAAAUUUCAAUAAGGAGAAGCAAAAGCUCGAAGAUGAAAAGCGGCAGAGGGUAGACUCGGAGAAACGUACAUUGCUGUGGGUGAAAGAACUGGAGUGUGAGAUAGAGAAACUUCAAAAGGACCUGUCUGAGCGAGAAAUUGCAUCCAAGGACUUACAGAAAGAAAUUACACGUUUAGGACACCUUUUGGAAGAAAGUAAUCGCGAUAGAGAGGUAUUGAGAGAGAAGAAUAGCCUACUUGAGACGGAUCUCAACAAUUUACAAAUUGAAUAUAAUAAAUAUUCUAAGAUCGACACGGUGAAUGAAGAAGCCAUUAUUACAGCACAGAAACGAGAAAAGCAAGCGCAAGAGACGAUCAAAAAUAAAGAAUCAGAAUUUCAGAGGCAGUUGAAAUCAGAAAAGGAGGCGUACAAUAAACGAAUCGAAGAUCUCACAUGCACGAUAGAGUCGUUUAAGACGAAAAACAUGGAACUUACAAAUAGCAUUGAAGGCCUCGAAGCUAAUCAGAAGCAACUGAAGAAUAUCACUGACUUGAAAAGUAACGAAUUAAUGAAAAGCAAUCAAAUCAGUCAGAAAAUGCAGGCCGAGCUGGAGCAGUUGACGGAAACUUACAACGAUUUGCAUAAAGAAUUGGAAGAGAAAGAGUUGUGUAUCACAGAAAUCAAGGAACUUCUGAAAACUAAGUGCGAUGAGCUGACAGAGUAUAAAAUUAAUCUGGAGACGAUCGUGCCCGAAAACAAGCGGCUGAAACAACAGAUUAGCGAGCGGAAAGCCAACAUAGAGCAGUACAAGGUGGAAAUAGAGACCUUGAAAAUGGAAAAUAAAAAGGAGAUCGAUGCGAUUAAAGAUCAAUUGAAUUUUGAACAGCUAAAGAACACGGAGCUAAACAAGCAGAUAACUGAAUUAAAUAAUAAGCACAUGACUUUGACAGAAGAGAUGAACGCUUUGAGGAACGAUUACACGAUGUUAAAACAUAAGUGCGCGACAUUAGAAAAGCGAGUCAGGAACAGUACGAGCAAAGUCCAAGCGGAAGAACAAAUGGAAGAACUGAAAGACUUGAACAGGUCUUUGCGGAAUAAUUUAGACGGUGCUAGCAAUCGAAUAACGGAGUUGCAGGCUGUGAAAACCGAUCUGAUGAAGCAAGUGAUUACUUUAAGCAGUCAACAUGAUGCGGCGUGCAAAGACAAUCAAAAAUUAAAGGAAACACUGUCGUCCAGACAUAACAAUGCAUAUACUGCUUGCGAGAAGUAUGACAAUUUGCUACAAGAGAAAAACAAAAUUGCAUUAGAAUUGGAAGCGACGAAAGUUCAGUUGAAUCAAAAAAACAAGGACAUCGAGAAUUAUCUCCACGAGAUAAAGGAGUGGAAGGAAAAAAAUGUGGAACUCGAUAAAGAAUUAGACGAGUUGGCGGCUGUUAUUUGCGAGCACGACGCUGAGAAUGCGAGGCUUCAGGACAAGUAUUUCACAUGUCGCGCUGAAGCUGACGAGUUACAGGACAAAAUCAAAACUUUUGAAAAGAGAGAUCAGAAUAAUUUGUUGCAAUCUACGCAAACGAACAUGUCCUCCGAAAGGUCUCACAAUGAUGAAUGUAGUUGCGCGACGUUGAAAAACAAAAUACGGGAGUUGCAGUUAGAGGUAGUAUCAAAGAAUGGAAAGGUUGCGACGUUAGAACUGCAAAUACGUAGCGGAAGUUUCCCUUAUCAAAUGAAGUGCAAAGAACUACAGGAACACCUAUCAGCAUAUACUAACAAGAAUAGCGAGCUGAAAGCGGAAAUUAAGCGAUUACAGAUAGCUAUGAUACGUACAAGCGCGAAAGAAUGUGAUGUAUGCAAACAGAAACUCAUAAAUAGGAGACAUCAAGCAUGCCAGACAAUGCCGGAAAUGUUGAAAUUUUGUGGCACGAGCAGCGGCGUAAUUGAUGACGAGAUAAGAAUAACGAAAUUGGAGAAAGAGAAACAGAUUAUGAGGGACGUGUGUCGAACUAGAUCGAAGACUAUAAAGGAACUCGAGAAGCAAAUAGAAGAAUACCAAAAAUUGUUAAAUUCCAAAAGUUCAUGAUCUACGAGAACAUUUCGUCGCGUUGCCCUGUAUUGACAUUGAUUACUACAUAUA